AUGCCCCGGGGCGUGGGCGUCGCCCAGCUCUGCCUGCUGGUGCUCGCCCUGCCUGGAUGGACCCGAAGAGGAAGAGGGGAAGGCAGCCCCCAGCUGCAGCAUGAACUGAUAAUACCUCAGUGGAAGACUGCAGAAAGCCCCAUGAGAGAAAAGCAUCCACUCAAAGCGGAGCUCAGGGUGAUGGCUGAGGGGCGAGAGCUGAUCCUGGACCUGGAGAAGAAUGAGCACCUUUUUGCUCCAGCCUACGCAGAAACUCAUUAUACUCCAAGUGGCGAUGCUCAAACCACCACCCUGAAAUCCCAGGAUCACUGCUUUUACCACGGGACAGUGAGGAAGGCGGAGCAGUCCAGUGUCACGCUCAGCACCUGCCGGGGAAUGAGAGGACUGAUUAUAGUGAGUAGUAACCUCAGCUACGUCAUCGAGCCCCUUCCUGACAGCGAGAGCCACCACCGUAUUUACAGAUCCGAACAUCUCAAGCUGCCUCUCGGGAACUGUGGGUUCGAGCCCACCGCCAGGGACUGGGUCCCUCAGUUUACAAACCAGACCAAGAAGCGACCUCGCAGGAUAAAAAGGGAAGAUUUACACUCCAUGAAGUAUGUGGAGCUUUACCUUGUGGCUGAUUAUGCAGAGUUUCAGAAGAACGGACGGGACCAAGAUGCCACCAAACACAAGCUUAUGGAGAUCGCCAAUUACGUUGAUAAGUUUUACCGAUCCUUGAAUAUCCGGAUUGCCCUCGUGGGCUUGGAAGUGUGGACUCAUGGGAACAUGUGUGAAGUUUCAGAGAACCCAUACUCUACCCUCUGGUCAUUUCUGAGCUGGAGGCGCAAACUGCUCACCCGGAAGAGCCAUGACAACGCGCAGUUAAUCACGGGCAUGUCCUUUCAUGGCACCACCAUCGGCCUGGCCCCCCUCAUGGCCAUGUGCUCCGUGUACCAGUCUGGAGGCGUCAACAUGGACCACUCUGAGAAUGCCAUCGGCGUGGCCGCCACCAUGGCCCACGAGAUGGGUCACAACUUCGGCAUGAGCCACGAUUCCGCGGAUUGCUGCUCAGCCAGCGCAGCUGACGGUGGGUGCAUCAUGGCUGCUGCCACCGGGCACCCCUUUCCCAGAGUGUUCAACAGAUGCAACAGGAGGGAACUGGACAGGUAUCUGCAGUCAGGCGGGGGGAUGUGUCUCUCCAACAUGCCAGACACCAGGACGCUGUAUGGAGGCCGGAGAUGCGGAAAUGGGUACCUGGAAGAUGGGGAAGAGUGUGACUGUGGGGAGGAGGAGGAAUGUGAUAACCCCUGCUGCAAUGCUGCUAACUGCACCCUGAGAGAGGGGGCUGAGUGUGCACACGGCUCCUGCUGUCACCGCUGUAAGCUGUUGGCCCCGGGCACGCUGUGCCGUGAACAGGCACGGCAGUGCGACCUCCCGGAGUUCUGCACGGGCAAGUCCCCCCAGUGCCCCACCAACUUCUACCAGAUGGACGGCACCCCUUGCGAGGACGGCCAGGCCUACUGCUACAACGGCAUGUGCCUCACCUACCAGGAGCAGUGCCAGCAGCUAUGGGGCCCUGGGGCCUGGCCUGCUCCUGAUCUCUGCUUCGAGAAGGUGAAUGUGGCAGGGGACACCUUUGGAAACUGUGGGAAGGACAUGAAUGGAAAACACAAGAAGUGCAACAUGAGAGAUGCCAAGUGUGGGAAGAUCCAGUGUCAGAGUUCCGAGGCCCGGCCCCUGGAGUCUAAUGCAGUGCCCAUCGACACCGUCAUUGUGAUAAACGGAAGGCAGAUCCGAUGUCGGGGCACCCACGUCUACCGAGGUCCUGAGGAGGAGGGUGACAUGCUGGACCCUGGCCUGGUGAUGACUGGGACCAAGUGUGGCCAUAAUCACAUUUGCUUUGAGGGGCAGUGCAGGAACACCUCGUUCUUUGAAAUGGAAGGCUGUGCGAAGAAGUGCAAUGGCCAUGGGGUCUGCAACAACAACCAGAACUGCCACUGCUUCCGGGGCUGGGCCCCACCCUUCUGCAACACACCGGGCCAAGGGGGCAGCAUUGACAGCGGGCCCAUGCCCCCCGAGAGUACUGGUCCUGUGGUAGCCGGAGUGUUUUCAGCCAUCUUUGUGCUGCUGGCCCUGAUACUGAUGUACCGCUGCUGUAAACAGAACAACAAACUGGGCUACCUCAAGUCCUUAGCCCUCCCUUCCAAGCUGAGGCAACAGUUCAGUUGUCCCUUCAGGGUGUCUCAGAACAGUGGAACAGGUCACGCCAACCCAACGUUCAAGUUGCAGACGCCCCAGGGCAGGCGAAAGGUGACCAACACCCCUGAAACCCUGCGGAAGCCUUCCCAGCCUCCUCCCCGGCCCCCUCCAGACUACCUGCAUAUCGUGUCACCACCUGUGCCAUCGCCAGCACACCUCAGCAAGGCUGCUAGAAACUCCCCAGGGCCCAGACCAUCAGUAGAGAGGAAAGAAUCAUCCAGGGGACCACCCCCAAGCCGGCCAGUGCCCCCUGCACCUAAGUGCGUCCUCUCCCAGGAUCUCUCUAGGCCUCGGCCGCCGCAGAAGGCACUCCCGGCUAACCCGGUGCCAGGCCGCAAGAACCUCCCUAGGCCAGGCGGCGCCUCCAUCCUACGGCCCCCUCCCUCCAGGCCUCAGCAGACCCGGCCCCUGGUGGCAGCUGCCCCAAAGUUUCCUGAAUACCGAUCACAGAGGGCUGUGGGGAUGACUAGCUCGAAAAUCUAG